AUGGGAUCAAACGCGAAGGAGGUGCACCGUCAAUUACAAGCACCUGGACAAGUCUAACUUUUUUUUUCUUUUACAAAUAACGCCUUCAAACGCAACCUUAGCAACGCCCAAAUAGAAAGCCACCUCUAAGUCUAUGUGCAAAGGGAGGGAGAAUCUAUAUAUUUAUAAUAACUCUAUAUGUAUAUUACAGACGCACAGGUUUACAUUUGGUGAACUUUUCUUUUUCUUUCUUUGCUUUUUUUUUUUUUUUGAAAACCUAGGGACACUGAAGAGGAGUCUUCCUCUUUCUUUUGGCGCUUUACUCAAGGGGAUAUUCUGUUUUCUCGGAGCGCCCAAGGGGGCGCAGGGACAGAGAAGAGAGAAGAGUGGGGAGGAAAGAGGCAGGGUGGGCGGGGGGCAGAGCGCGAGCGGGCAGCCUAGGCGAGGGCUUGCUGGCAACACGAUGCAGUCCCUGCUGCUGCUUACUUUCUCGGCGUGCGUGCUGCUGGCUCGGGCGAGGCUGGCUGGCGGCGCGAGUGGUGGCGGUAGGGACAACGGGCCAGGCAGCGGGCGCCGGCAGAGAGAGGCGCUGGCGGCUCAAAAGAUCGAGGUGCUUGUGCUGUUGCCCCGGGACGAUUCGUACUUGUUCUCCCUGGCCCGGGUGAAGCCGGCCAUCGAGUACGCUCUGCGUAGCGUGGAGGGCAACGGCACCGGGAGGAGGCUAUUGCCUCCCGGCACUCGCUUCCAGGUGGCCUACGAAGAUUCGGACUGUGGCAAUCGUGCGCUCUUCAGCCUGGUGGAUCGCGUGGCGGCGGCGCGCGGAGCCAAGCCGGACCUCAUCCUGGGGCCGGUGUGCGAGUACGCGGCAGCGCCGGUGGCCCGGCUGGCGUCGCACUGGGACCUGCCGAUGUUGUCUGCAGGAGCUCUGGCUGCCGGCUUCCAGCACAAGGACACGGAGUACUCGCACCUCACGCGCGUGGCGCCUGCCUAUGCCAAGAUGGGCGAGAUGAUGCUCGCCCUGUUCCGCCACCACCACUGGAGCCGAGCUGCCCUGGUCUACAGCGACGACAAACUCGAGAGGAAUUGCUACUUUACCCUAGAGGGGGUCCACGAGGUUUUCCAGGAGGAGGGUUUGCACACGUCUGCCUACAAUUUCGACGAGACCAAAGACUUGGACCUGGACGACAUCGUGCGCUACAUUCAGAGCAGUGAGCGAGUGGUUAUCAUGUGUGCCAGCGGCGACACCAUCCGGAGUAUCAUGUUGGCGGUGCACAGACACGGCAUGACGAGCGGAGAUUACGCCUUCUUCAACAUCGAGCUCUUCAACAGUUCUUCCUACGGAGAUGGCUCGUGGAGGCGAGGAGACAAACACGACUUUGAAGCUAAGCAGGCGUACUCAUCCCUCCAGACAGUCACCCUACUGAGGACCGUGAAACCUGAGUUUGAGAAGUUUUCCAUGGAGGUGAAAAGUUCUGUUGAGAAACAAGGGCUCAAUGAGGAGGAUUACGUGAACAUGUUUGUUGAAGGGUUCCAUGAUGCCAUCCUCCUCUACGUUCUGGCUUUACAUGAAGUUCUCAGAGCUGGCUACAGCAAGAAGGACGGGGGGAGAAUCAUCCAGCAGACCUGGAACAGGACUUUUGAAGGUAUCGCUGGGCAGGUGUCCAUAGAUGCCAACGGGGACCGGUAUGGGGACUUCUCCGUGGUUGCCAUGACAGACAUUGAAGCCGGCACCCAAGAGGUUAUUGGUGAUUACUUUGGAAAAGAAGGCCGGUUCAAAAUGCGAUCCAAUGUCAAGUACCCCUGGGGCCCUUUGAAACUGAGAAUAGAUGAAACCAGAAUUGUGGAGCAUACCAAUAGCUCGCCUUGCAAAUCAUCAGGUGGCCUAGAAGAAUCAGCAGUGACAGGAAUUGUGGUGGGGGCCCUACUUGGUGCUGGUUUGCUAAUGGCCUUCUACUUCUUCAGGAAGAAAUACAGAAUAACCAUUGAGAGGCGAAAUCAGCAAGAAGAGAGGAACAUUGGGAAACAUCGAGAGUUACGCGAAGACUCCAUCAGAUCUCACUUUUCGGUGGCUUAGAAGAUCCCCCACUUUCGUCUGCUUGAGAGAUAGAUGGAAGGAAAGACAUCAGGGGAGCAGAAAGGACGCUCGUGGAGAAGUCUUUGUUUUAGGCCGUAGUCAUUCACUCUCCAUUUCCUUUAGAAGCUCAGGAAUGAUUAUUAAUCACUAUCUGCCUCCCGGCCUUUCAUCUCAUGGCAAACAAAUCUGAGGAUAUAACGCCAUUCUAUUAGGUGUUCUGACCGCUGGAAGGGCAUAGGAUUAAAUUUAUGUUUCGAAAAAUCCAGCGUUUCCGUAUCUUGAUGGCUUUGGGAGCCUUUCACACAAGGAAAGAUGUGGUUUUUCUGAAAUUAAAUGUUUUGUAGCUAGAAUAAAACACUUUUUACAAGUAGAAUAUUCCUGGAAAGAAUUUAACACCCAAUAAGAGGACAAUAGAAUGAAAAAAAUCUCAAGCCUCGGAAUGCAGGGCUGCUCUCUGGAGCCAGUGGACAGGUUUGUGGUAGACAAGGGCUGCGAUCGGUGUCCACGGUCAGGUCUGACCUUGUGUCUCCAGAAUGAUCCUCCCUGUCCCUUUCAGUGUCUCAGAAAAACUACUCUGGAAAUUGUAAAUAUUAGUGAGUUAGGAGGAUUUAUAUAAGAAAAGCGAGUCUAAAUGUUUCUUUUAUGAUGUAAAAAAAAGCCCUACUUCCUGCUAACAUUUUAUUUUUAAGUAUUUUAAUCUUAUAUUUUGGUAUUAGAAAUGUGUCUAUUUUUUCAUUUUGAAGAUUAAAUUUCACUUGUACUCUAAAAGCACGGAGAAAGUGUGUGACAAACCCAUGGUGGCAAAGGGAUGGCCUCUUUCUCUGCUGUCCUCUUUCCCACGGCUGUGGUCAAACACUAACUGCUAAUGGCCGCUUUGACUGCAGACGUCUAGGAAUACGUUCAGCUUGCAAACUCUAAAGGGACACAUUGAUUUUUAAGCCGUUUUUCAUUGUGAAUGGUUUUAAAUUCUGGAGGGCUGCACCCCUUCUAAAUUGUGGCCAACUGAUUGCCCUUCAAAAUCCAGGGAGGGAAGGCAGUGGAGUAUAGCGGAGGAUACCCAGACAUGCCAAUCUUUCCCUCCAGAAGAAACCGAGGGCGAGAAUUUGACAGCGAAACACAGAAAUGAUAAAUUAAAAGGAGUGCAGUUUAUCGAAACGUGGUUGGAAGAGGGAGUGUUGAUAUCCGCUCUGUUCCCUGAACCCAGAGAGUUUUGCAGCCACCACAAAUUACCCACAGCGCGGUAGGACAGACAAGUGCAUUCUGGGAACGACCGAGCGAGCCAGCUUUUGCUGGGUAUCCGAUUCGCACUCAGUCCUGUCUGCUGAGGAUUAAAUGUGGGUUCCCACUUUACCGUUUGAGGAGAGAGCAAGGGUACCAUCUGGUAAUCAUGCCUCUCUUGGUAACAUUUUGAGUUCCUCAAACACCGUUUAGAGGGGAGAAAUAGCAUAAUUCCUUGGAGGCCACAUUCGCUCAGGUCUGCUGAAGAGGAAAGCUGAGUGGGGGCAAAGUUCUGGAAGCUGCUCCUGCUUGCUUCCCCGGGAAGGACGGUGUCAUAGCUGGUUGCAUUCCACGUCAAAGUGAACCGGCUUUUUCUGUGUGAGGCUCACUUCUUUCUUAUGGCUCAGGAAACGGGAUACAAACCACGUGACGAAAAGAAUCAGCUGUGAACAACAGGAGCAGCUCCGUUGUGGUUCUGCAUUUAGGCGGCUAAAGGAAAAUUGCCGACUUCAAAAAGAGUGGAAAUAGUAGGCAAGAAAGGUAGAUCUCAAAAUUCUAAUGCAGGACUAGAGUUUGUGAGGUAGAACGCAGGAAAGCGGUGGCCGAUGGUUGGGAACUCACAUGACGGAAACUGAGUGCACAGACUACAACUGCUUCAGUUAUCUGAACCUGAGAGCUCGAUUCCCUCUCUUACUUUCUCAAUAAUCUUUUCCAUAUAUUUCAGAGAUAUUCAUUUUCUAAGGUUUAUUUUUUGAACCUGCGUGUUAGUUACAGGAGAGGGGGUGUUGGGGAAAGUCCUCUACAUGGCUAUAUUCUAUUUGGUGUAAAUAUUUCUGACCGUUCUUGACAUUUAUAUAGUGGUGCAUUAAUGGCAGUGUUGUUACAGAAAAUACCUUUUCUUUCUACUUCAGCUGGAGGAAUUGUUCCAAGUUUAAUAGCGUUUCCCCAGGUAGGAUGUUAAAGAUGAGGAGGGAGUUAGCCUUUGAAAAAUGGGUGACUUUUGUCUUCUCCAGAAGAUGGUGUCAUUUCUUAUCAUGAUAAAGCAAUUCUAGUAUGAUUAAGGUCAUUUACAUGUCUGCUAUGUAGUUUUCCUUCCUUAAACAUCUUCACAUGGCUAGGCAAGGUGUUCUCAAUCCCAGCACUUGGGAGGCAGGGUAGGUAGAUGUUUGUGGUUUCGGGCCAGCAUGGUCUAUAUAGUGAGUUUUAGAUCAGCUGUGUUUACACAGUGAGACCCUGUGCCAGAAAAAAAAAAUCUUCAUAUGAGUUGCCCAAAUGACAUUAAGUUUUGAAAAUACCACUGAGCUGGUAAACCUCUGCUGAAUGUAUAGAUGUUAGUUCUGUGGUGGCCCUGGGGUAAGCACUCUCCGUAUUGUAUUGUGGGACUUAAAUUCCUAACUACUAAGCCACAGCUUUGACAUUUGGUCAUUUUUAAUCUGCCAGGAGCCAACUAUUACAUAAUAAGUUCAAUGGGACUUUAGUUCUUAAGCCAUUCUAUACAUUUUUACUCCUAAAUCUAAUGAUUAAGAUUUCAAAGAGGAUAUCUUAUUAGUAUUUUUCUCAUCUAGUCAAAAUGUGAGUUCAUAACAAGCUAAAAUAAGCAUAUAGUUAUGUUAUUGGAAAUAAACACAAUUUUUUUUUAGUCGAUAUUAUUGUCUUAGAGUUGGGAGAGAAGACGGAGUCCAUUCUGUGUGGAGUCAUGCCCCUUCCUCGCAAACAGAGGUUUCACAGGGAAUCCCUUCAAUGUUAUAUUGUUUUUAUGAGCCACCAGCACGGCUUUUCCUGAACCACAGAUAUAGUUAGUUCCACAGACCUUAAAAUAGUUCUUUACCCCUCAGAACUAACUCGUGGAGGAAAGGGAGAAUCCUAAGGAAGGAGAGCAGGUGGCCUUGUUUCCUCUCUCCCUUGAGAGAAAAGCUCUGGAAUGCCAAGUAACUUCCUGCUCUGCUUACCAGCUUCCUGUGCUGUGCCCGAAGGCACAUGCACCCUUUCUGUCCCUAGCUUACCUCUUUUCUUCUGAUUGGGACUGGCUGGGUGUAGGGAUGGAAGGCAGGCGGUGGGUGUAAAAGGGGAGGCCUUGUAUACCUGAGACAGACAGUGAGUGGGCUCAGAAGCCAAUUCUAGUGACACCAUUGCUUUCUUGAAGCUGAGUGACUUGUGCAGUUCUUACACACACACACACACACACACACACACACACACACACACAAAGAGAAAGAAUAGUGUUUAUAAAUUGGAAUAUACUAGUGCCUAUGUUUCUUUGAGACACAAAGGACUCAGAUCCCUACUGGAUGCAGCUAGGAAGGCAAAUGGCGAUAGAAAUUUGGCCCCUCUACCUACAUGUCACAGGUUUUGUUUAGUUACACCCUGUGGUUCAGGACUUCAGAAGGAAGCUGGUAAUGAGCUGAGUUUCUCAUUCAGUGGAAUAAAAAAAAUGGUCUAGAAACCCAGGAUACUUAGGGGCAGCAUAGAAAUAGGGAGAAUGAGUUGGUGGCACCAGAGGGACCUGUCUCUCAUCCAGUUGGUCUUUAGAACUGAAGAAUAAUGAACAGUUUAGACCUUCUGCAGUAGCCAGUCUCAACAAGAAAUGAUGGGCAUGCCCAGUGAAAAGAACCAGGAGCUUAUUUCUCCCAAGGCGACUAUGGGAAGAACUUCCCUGCUGUCUCUACUACCUUUCUUCCCUGAGCCCCACCUACUGUCAGUCAUGGCUCCACAGGUGUGUGGGCAUCUUUCCCCUGCAGGUUGGAAUUGGUGAGGGAGCCUCCACACCUACUCAGAGAAAGAGACAAAAUAGCCCUGGCUGUAAGGAGGUAGCUGGCUUCUAAUCAGAAAGUCUUACAGUAACUUGGCCAUGGUGCCCUUGGACAGUUCAAGCCUUGCACACUAACAAGCCUGGCUUUGGUUCUCAGCAUACAGAUUUUUCAGAUGCAUCCUGCAGGCCUGUGGGAUGAAAGUCAUUCAAAAGGUGCUGGGUUGGAGGUUGUUCAAAUCUCUCAUUAACCACGAAUGUUAAUUCAUGUGAAACCUAGAGCAUUCAGAACCAGCUGAUGUUGGUGUUUAUGUUUUAAACCACUUUAAACACAAUGAAAAGGAUUUCACUGAGAGCUGUAUCUCAGAGGUUAAAAAUCCAUAUGUUAUAAAAAUUCUUGGUGUAUCAGGUGUGAGAUGGCUCUUAGUGGAGAGAUUUGAACACGUAGACUUCAGAGUUAAUAAAAACAUGUUACAUUUAUUCAUAGUUAAAGACAUAAAUUUAUAUGCACAGGAACAAAGAGGUCUAUUUACCAAGCAUGAAUCAUAACAGCCUACCAAAUUCAUUUCUUUAUUUUCUAGAACAAAGCUGUCAUAGUAUACAGCAAAUAUCAGGUAGAGAAAGUUAUUUCUGCAAAGAAACAAGCAAAUGUGGAUUUUGACAUGAAGUAUCUUAUUCAGGAUUUGGUGCUUGUGUCUGAAAAUGUUCAGUGUGGUGUGCAUAAGUUAGCAAUGAAGUGCCCGCAACAGGCCGGAGGUGCUGUGUUUCUGAGAAUAAGAGCUUUGGGCCCUGUGCAUAGUUGAAACCAGGGGGUCACGAGCCAGGCAUUGCAGAAGGUUAAUCCCGGAGCCCGUGUCUUUUAUGCCAUGUCAGUCAUGGCUAAUUUAAAUACAGGACCACCAAACAAUACAAACCUACCAUGAGUCUGGUAGAUAGCUGCACUAGUCACAUACAGCUUACUAUCUAAUGUAAGUAGGACUAUCUGCAUAUAAUGUGAUUUAAUUUAUUGUUGUUUUGUGUAGAAAAUGAGAAUUAAUGACUGUGGACAUAGCCCUGUUUUGUAUAAUAUAUUUUAUUUCUGGUGCAGAACUGGUCAUUUAAACAAUCUACUUCAUUUGGGGUUUGGAUAUAAAUGUGUAUGUGUUCUUGUAAAUGUUUCUACUGAGCAAGAAUACCACAUAUUCCAAAUAUAAUAAUAUGUUCUCAUUAAAAAUAUACUCUA